AUGCUGAGGGUCAGCACCGGGCUCCGGCAGCUCAGGGCAGCUCUUAGAGCUCAGGAUUCUGUUUGGCUCUCUUUUGGCUCCAGGAUGCCUAAGAAGGCGACGAAUAAGGGUAAAAGCCAGAGCAAGGAACCGGCGACACUACUUCCUUCCUUAGGUCCUGUGGCAGUUGAUCCUAAAGGUUGUGUCACCAUAGCCAUCCAUGCCAAACCUGGCUCCAAACAAAAUGCUAUAACAGAUCUGACAGAUGAAGCUGUAAAUGUAGCUAUUGCUGCACCUCCAUCAGAAGGCGAGGCUAACGCUGAGCUCUGCCGCUAUCUCUCCAAGGUCCUAGAACACAGGAAGAGUGAUGUGCUUUUGGAUAAGGGUGGUAAGUCUCGUGAAAAGGUGGUGAAGAUUUUGGCCUCCACAACUCCAGAAGAGAUCUUGGCGAAAUUACAAAAGCAAGCCGAAAAUAAAUAG